AUGCAGAAGAACAAUGGUGAGCGAAUUCGGGAUGAAGAAGGGUUCCGAUUAAGAGCAGCGGGUAUUUGUGCACGUGGUGAAGGAUCUUUCAGAGAGAUUUUAUUAGUUUCUGCUGCUAAAGACGAACAUUUGUGGGUUAUACCUGGUGGUGGAAUAGAAAAGAAUGAAGAUGCAGAAACAGCAGUGCUGCGAGAAGUUUUAGAAGAAGCUGGAGUUCGGGCACAGAUUAUAUCAAAAAUUGGCGACUUUAAGGAUGAGGAACGACGUCAUAAAACUGCAGUCUUUCUACUUGCCGCAAAUGAGGAACUUCGUGAAUGGGACGACGGCUCAUUUGGUCGGAAACGCCAAUGGUUUACUUUUGAUGAAGUUGUGGUACGAAUUAAACGUUCUCAGUUGCGGAUAAUACAGCAUGUUGUCAAUAGUUUUCAGUUAUAUUUCAAGAAAUGA